CUUCCCCUUUCUCUUCAAAUGACAGAUUUUGCUGCAUUAUCUAUUUACUUUUGAGGUGUAGGAGAAGACUAACAGAACCAUAGGAAAGUACAGAGAUGCAGUAACAGUUUGGAGACUCAGUGAUAACACCUGGUAGUGCUUCCCCAAUGCUCUGGUUAAUAUUUACCUGUGGUAUAGGAACUAUUUAAAUAAUUGUCGAUGCCUUGGUCACAAUUUUUGCUUUCAGUAGCAGAGCACGUUGUAUCUGGCAUGGUUUGAGAAGUUUUCUGAAGACACAGGGACAACUUUUACAUCGAGGUCAAACUUUUAGAAAGGCUUCUUCUGCAGUGCUUGCUUUUAUCUCAGCUUGUUGAAAAUGGCGGGUGUAAGUGGCUGCAUGAAGUACUCCAUGUUCAUCUUCAACUUCCUAUUUUGGGUGUGUGGUUUGGUUAUUUUGGGAGUUUCUGUAUGGAUACGUGUUAGCAAAGAUGCUCAGCAGGAGCUGGAUAUAGACGCCAGCCUGUUUGCAGGGGUUGAUCUGCUGAUAGCUGUGGGCUCCAUCAUUACGGUCCUUGGUUUUCUGGGGUGCUGCGGUGCCAUAAAGGAGAGCCGGUGCAUGCUGCUGUUGUUUUUUAUUGGACUGCUUCUGAUCCUGAUCCUUCAGAUCACAGGAGGUGUUUUAGGAGCAGUGUAUAGAUCUCAGAUUGAAACAUCCCUUAACAAGACUCUCCUUGAGAAGGUGAAUGAAUUGCAAAGCUCUACAGGAGAAGCUAAAGUGUUUCAAGAGAAGUUCCAGAAGUUUGAGAGAAUGAACCAUUGCUGCGGUUUGCUGAAUGGACCUGCAGACUGGGGAAACAAUUUUCAGGCUCUUGGUGGCAAUAAAAUCUGUGAAUGUGAACCAGAGGACAGAGAAUCAGACCUCUGCACCUACUUUAAAGGCAAAUACAUUUUUAAAAAGCCUUGUGGAGAUGUGAUUAUUGAAUUCCUUGAAGACCAUCUGCUCAUAAUUACGGGGAUUGCCUUUGGACUGGCUGUUAUUGAGAUUCUUGGUUUGGGGUUUUCUAUGAGCCUGUACUGCCAGAUCCAGAGAAAAUGAAACUAUGGAAGUGUCAGAACGAUGUCACCAGCCAAAUCAAAACCUUUGUAGAUAGAAGGGUAUUUGGCUUGGCAUAUUCAGAUAAAUAUAUGCAUGUCCUAUGCAGCUGUUCUGAUGAAAACGGCAGCUCUUGUGCACAUGGACGCUUCAUAAUUUACAAAAGGACCUCCUUAUACUUUGUAAGGUUUAAUUAUGUGAAUAUGAAUUUUUAUUUGCAAUAAACAUCUUUCUUAGUGUU